AUGGCUGACGAGCACGAUGUUACCUUCGAAUCCGCCGAUGCUGGCGCUUCGACCACCUACCCCAUGCAGUGUUCCGCUCUGCGUAAGAACGGUCACGUCGUGAUUAAGGGCCGUCCCUGCAAGAUCGUCGACAUGUCCACCUCCAAGACUGGCAAGCACGGUCACGCCAAGGUCCACCUUGUCGCCAUCGAUAUCUUCACCGGAAAGAAGCUUGAGGAUCUCUCCCCCUCCACCCACAACAUGGACGUCCCUAAGGUCGGCCGCAAGGAGUACCAGCUCCUCGACAUCACCGACGAUGACUUCCUUUCCCUCAUGAAGGAUGACGGUGACACCAAGGAUGAUGUCAAGGUCCCCGACAACGAGCUCGGUGAGCGCAUCAUCAAGAUGUUCCGUGAGGAGGAGAAGGACGUCAACGUCAUCAUCCAGACUGCCAUGGGUGAGGAGGUCGCCAUUGAGGCCAAGGAGGCCCCCAAAUAA